UCCGUUGCGACGUCCUGGCUCUAGAGCAACUCAUCCCCAUGGCUGGUGGGCGCACUGCCAAGUCUUCGGGCCCUGUGCCUCCGUCGCGAACGCUAGUUCUCGACAAUGGCGCGUCGACCAUCAAAGCAGGCUUCGUUUCCGACGACCACACUGACGAGCCUCGAGUAAUACCAAACUGCAUCGCCAGAGACAGGGCGAGAAAGGUCUACGUCGCAUCCGACCUCGAAAAAUGCCAUGAUUUUGGCGAAAUCCAAUUCCGGCGGCCGGUAGAAAAGGGGUACAUUGUCAAUUGGGAAGCUCAAAAGGAGAUUUGGGACCACGAGUUCUUCGACGACAAGGCGCCGCAAAAGUGCGAUCCUUCCGAGACCAGACUGCUCCUUGCAGAACAACCCAACUCGUUGCCUAUUCUACAGGCCAACUGUGAUCAGAUAAUCUUUGAGGAAUAUCAGUUUGCCAGUUAUUAUCGUGGUAUUGGGGCCUCCUUCAAUGCGUACCACGAUAUCCAAGGUAUCCUUCAGACCCCCCGAGACCCGAAUUCGGUGCCCCAAAUUCCGGCCGAAGCUGUGCUGCUCAUCGAUUCUGGCUACUCUAAUACUAUCGUCAUGCCUCUUCUCAACGGCAAGCCCCUGCACUCCGCUGUCCGGAGACUGGACGUCGGUGGGAAGCUCAUGACAAAUUACUUGACGCGUUUACUCUCUCUGCGAUACUACGACAUGCGAAACGACACAUACAUCGUCAACGAGAUCAAGGAACAGGCAAGCUAUGUCUCACUCGACUUCAAUGGCGACCUCGAGAAAACCUGGAAGGGCACGAGGGGCGAGAAGAGGGAACCGUACGUGACGGGAGCCGGCAUUGCCAAAGACUACAUACUGCCCGACUUCCACACUAAGACGAAGGGCAUCGUCCGAGACUACGACCCUGCUAUGCACACAAAAGCAAGAAAAAUGGCAGCACGUGCCGCUGACAACGACGAAGACAUACUCACGCUUCGAAACGAACGCUUUUCAGUUCCCGAACUACUCUUCCAGCCUUCUGACAUUGGACUCCGACAACCCGGCCUCGCGGACGUCAUCAUGCAGUCUCUUUCCGAAUUGCCAAUUGGAUUAUGGCCGGGACUCUUGGCUAACAUCGUUGUCGUUGGCGGCAACGCCUUGUUUGCUGGCUUUAUCCAGCGGCUGGAGAAGGAGCUUGUCAAGAGAGUUCCUGAUGCCUGUAUUGUGAGGGUUGCGCAUCCCGUCGACCCUAUCACGAGCACCUGGCAUGGCGGUGCCAAACUUGCCAAACACUCCGAUAUUCACAUGCUGUCUGCCACUAAGCAAGAGUACGACGAGUACGGCGGCGCAUGGGUUGCUCGCAAAUUCGGCUCUGGGAACACUUGUGUCUGA